GAUUGGGUUACAGGACUUUAAGGGAGAAAAUGUGCUUCCACUUCUCCAUCCUACAGAGCUGCCAAAAUCCGACGCAGACAGGAUAAGACACUUACAUUAUCUGCGUUAAUAGUCAAACAUAACCAUGGUUCAGGUCAAACAUAUUUGCUGCAUUGGUGCUGGGUAUGUUGGUGGCCCAACAUGUACGGUCAUAGCCCAGAUGUGUCCCGAAAUCACAGUUACGGUGGUGGACAUUAACGAAGCAAGGAUCCAAGCUUGGAACUCUGAGGAACUACCUAUUUAUGAGCCUUGCCUUCAAGAUGUAGUGGAAUCCUGCAGAGGGAAGAAUCUUUUCUUUUCAACUAACAUCCCUGAUGCCAUCAGAAAUGCUGACAUGAUAUUUAUUUCGGUCAACACUCCCACCAAGACGUUUGGGAUGGGAAAGGGGAGAGCAGCUGACUUGAAGUAUGUGGAAGCCUGUGCACGUCAAAUAGCAGACAUAGCUGAUGGUUACAAAAUUGUGGUAGAAAAAAGCACUGUGCCAGUCCGAGCUGCCGAAAUUAUCCGCAGGAUCUUUAAAACAAGCACCAAGCCCAACCUCUCCUUCCAAGUACUUUCUAAUCCAGAAUUCCUGGCAGAAGGUACAGCCAUUGAAAAUUUGAAGAAUCCAGACCGAAUUCUUAUCGGAGGUGAUGAGACUGCCGCUGGUCAGGAGGCUAUUGCAGCUCUUAGUGCAGUUUAUGAGCACUGGGUUCCAAAGAGUAAAAUAAUAACUACCAACACCUGGUCAUCUGAGCUCUCCAAGUUGGCAGCUAAUGCUUUCCUGGCUCAAAGAAUUAGCAGCAUAAACUCGAUCAGUGCGCUCUGUGAGGUUACAGGCGCAGAUGUGGGAGAAGUAGCACACGCCAUUGGUACUGAUCAACGCAUUGGGCGACCAUUCCUACAAGCAAGUAUUGGCUUUGGUGGGAGCUGUUUCCAGAAAGAUAUUCUGAAUCUGAUCUACAUGUGUGAGACCCUCAGUCUACACGAAGUAGCAAUGUACUGGCAGCAGGUCCUGGAAAUCAAUGAAUACCAGCGUCGCAGGUUUGCGUCCCGCAUUGUAAGCUGCCUUUUUAAUACAGUAGCUGACAAGAAGAUAGCUCUGCUUGGAUUUGCUUUCAAGAAAGAUACAGGAGACACAAGGGAAUCAUCCAGUAUUCAUGUGUGCAAAUAUCUCAUGGACGAAGGGGCUCAUCUAUCAAUCUAUGAUCCAAAAGUAACAAAAGCACAAAUUAUACGGGAUCUUUCUCAUCCAUCUGUAUCGGGGGACAAUCCAGGGAGAGUGUCUGAGUUGGUAACCAUUGCUUCGGAGCCAUAUGAAGCUUGUGAAAAUACACAUGCAUUGGUGAUUUGCACUGAAUGGGAUGUUUUCAAGGAUCUUGACUACCAGAGAAUCUAUGGGAAAAUGUUAAAACCUGCCUUUAUUUUCGAUGGGAGAAGAGUUUUAGAUGGUUUACAUAAGAACUUACUACAAAUCGGUUUCCAGGUAGAAACCAUAGGGAAGAAGAUAUAUCAGAUUUCUGCACCAGCAGCUCGUGUUCCCAAUCCUGAGAGACCAAAACCUACACCUGCAAAGAAAGUUAGAAUAUAACUUCCCACAUGGAUUACUUCUGUCAGUGCUUUAUCGCCCCAAAACUUACAUCACACCUACAGCCUGCAAGCGGACACUAUAUAUUGUAAAUACCUAUUUUUAUAUCACCAUUAAAUUUCACAAUAAGUUUAAUCUGUACAAAUAAAAUUAUAUGAGAGAUUGUUA